CUUUCCUCUGCAUAGUUCUUAGGAUAAUAAAUGCUGGUUAGAGUUAGGUUAUGGUUGUGAUGAAUGCUUCCGAUUAAUGGGGUGUGAUGAAUGCUUGUGUUAGGUAGUUUAACUCUGAUGAAUGCGUGUUAUGACUGUGUGGUAGAUAAUAAAUUUGUUAGAUACAUGUCUAAUCAUCUCUACUCAACUAGAAUGAAAGCUCUCAAGUCUUCUUCUCUUUCUUUUCAUCUUGAAACAUAUUUCUUCUGCUUUCUCUCCUCUUUUCCUGUAUUUAAACCGCUCCUUUCUCUCUUUCUUUUCAUCUUGAAACUCAUUUCUUCUGCUUCAUCUCUUCUCUCACAUACUAGGAUAUGGAUUCUAGAAAUCAAUUUAGUCAGACAUCCAAUUUUGUUGAUCUGUUGAACAGUCAACAAGAUACUGACUUUCCUGAAACCUAUCCGUAUGCAAGUUUCUCACAUGGAUCAUCACAACUCCCGCGGCAAACUUCAAGCUUCUGUGAAGUCUCAACGACAGAGCGUAGAGAAAGAAAGAAAUGGACAGUCACUGAUGAUCUUGUGCUCAUUAGCGCUUGGCUAAACACAAGCAAAGACCCUGUGGUGGGUAAUGAGCAGAAAGCAGGUGCAUUCUGGCAGCGCAUUGCAGUGUACUUUGCAGCAAGUCCGAAGUUGGAAAGAGGAGAAACCCGAGAGCCCAUUCAGUGCAAGCAAAGGUGGCAGAAGAUGAAUGAUCUUGUGUGUAAGUUUUGUGGGGCUUAUGCCGCGGCAACAAGGCAGAAAACAAGUGGCCAGAACGAGGCUGAUACUGUUAAACUGGCACACGAAAUCUUCUACAAUGAUCACAAGAUUAAAUUUAAUCUUCACCAUGCUUGGGAGGAGCUUAGGAAUGACCAGAAAUGGUGUGAAAUUGCUUCAUCCAAGCUUGAUGGAGGCGGAAAGAAGAGAAAGCUUGACGAUGGAGCACAAUCUGAAAGCUCUCAAGCAACUUCCAAUCUCGGAGCUUCACCAACGAACCGUCCUCCUGGUGUUAAGGCUGCGAAAGGAGCAGCUGGUAAGAGAAGUUUAGGGGAUCACCAGGCUGUCACUCACUUUCAGACCCUGUGUUCUAUGAAGGAGAAAGAUUUGGCGGUUAAGGAGAAAGAUUUGGCGGUAAAGGAGAGUUAGAAAUGAAGAGAGUGUAUGUUUGUGUCACGUUCAGUCACAAGAGCAUGCAAAGAUAUGAAGAGAAGUUUGUCUGUUUGUGUCACGUUCAGUGACAAGAGCAUGCAGAGAUAUGAAGAGAAGUUUGUUUGUUUGUGUCACGAGCUGUGUAUGUGGGCUUCUCAAAGUCAUGAGUGUGUCGCAUUAUGUAAAUAUUGUCUUUGCUUUUUCUAGUUUGUUGUUUUCCUAUAGUCACGAGUGUAAUAUAUUAUGUCUUCUGUUAUAUAAACGGUUCAUUCACAAAGCAUUUGAAUCACAAA